AUGAGGCAUUCGACAGACUUUCUGGGGGGGGGGACGUUUUCGCCUUUAACUUUCCAAUUAAACUGUAGUUGGAGCGCGGCAUCUGUUGAGGACAAAGAUCUGUGUCUGGAAAAGGCGGAAGAGGCAUGCAAAAUCACUUGUAACAUCAUUUUACCAAAAGAUGGGCAAAGUCUAUUUCAGUCAUUGUUGGACAGUUCCAGUGAACCUAGCGUAUCGCAAGAUCUUGAUGCUCUCAUGACAGCAUAUGCGAAUGCACCAACUCGAAGACUAAAGCUGCAGAUUUUAAGCAUAUAUGCACACAGGUAUACAGUGAAAACCCUAAUACGACUACACGAGCCAUAUGCCAAAGUCACCAAGUGGCAGAUAAAUCAAGCGCGUACUCAUGCAAGACUACACGGUCCAGGAACAAUCCAAGAGACUAAAAGGUCACACAGGGUGCGAGUCGAUGCAGCAAAGCUCGACCACUUUAUUGACUUUAUCAAUAGGGCGCACUUUUACCAGGACGUUGCCUAUGGAGUACGUGAGUUAAAACUGGAGAGCGGCGAGAGAAUAAAAAUGCCAAAUAUCGUGCGUAUCAUCACCAGAUCAACCAUGAUAGCGCUCUACAUGAAAUACUGCACAGAAGAAGGCUUUACUAGUCCACUUAGUCGCCGCACAAUGUUCAGGAUCUUAGAAGUAUGUGAAGCCUCUCAGCGCAAGUCAUUGCGAGGAUUAGAUAAUACUGCUGCUGAUGGAGCGAUGGGAUUUCAGACAAUUGAAAGAAUAGUGAAUGAUCUUGAACAAGCUGGUGUGGACAGCGCCUGGGCAGAAGAGACGAAAGAAAGAUUGAAAAAUGGGAAAUUAUACCUCAGAGUCAAAUAUCCUGUUCAUUGCUCAAUGGAAAGCAGUCUUUGCAAAGAUCAUUGUGUGAACUUUGGACUCAGCGAUGCAAACGAAAAAUGUUUCCAAAAGCCAUGUGGCCACAAACAUGAAAUGAAAUGUAUAGAGUGCGAAGAUUUGAAAAUGGUCUUAAAAGAGAUCGAGAAUAUGAUUCUCAGUCAGUGUUCCGGUGAUCAUGCCCAAGAAAAGAGAGAAGAUUUGCUGUAUGAUCUGCGACAAGCCUCAGAGGACGUGUUUUGGUGGAAGGCCCAUAUUCUUAGAUCUGUGAAUCAAGAUAAGGCGAAGGAAGACAUGAUAAAGAGGCUUGAUGAGAAUACGGUGUUGAUUGUAAUGGACUGGGCUAUGAAAUUUUUGCCGACCAGGUAUCAUGAAAAACAGUCUCAGUGGUUCGGAAAGAGAGGCCUGAGCUGGCAUAUAAGUAGUGUAAUCUCCAAGGUUGAUGGAAAACUGCGCACACAGUCAUUCGCACAUCUCUUUGACAACUCAAGUCAAGAUUGGUAUGCUGUAGUCUCGAUUGUAGAAAACAUUUUGAGGACACUUCGAAGUCAAAACCCAAGUAUCUCUGGAGCGUAUUUACGAUCCGACGAAGGAGCUUGCUAUCACAACAACAUGACCAUGGCAGCAUGCCAGGACAUCUCAAAGCUUACUGGAGUCAAAAUAAUAAAUUACCAUUUCUCUGAGCCAGGUCAAGGAAAAGAUAUCUGCGACAGGAUAAUUUGCCCAAUGAAGUCUGCCUUGAAGACGUUUGGUAAUGAAGGUAAUGACAUUUUAACAGCGAGUGAUAUGAGAAAGGCUUUGAAGGAGAGGAAAGUUUCUGGAACUACAGCAUGCGUUGGCAAGAUAGACGAAGCGAAAAAUUCCUUAGUGAUAAAGAAAGUUAAAGGAUUUAGUACAAUUCAUAACUUUCAGUAUGAGAGUAAUGGCAUCAGGUUAUGGAAAGCUUACGGGAUUGGCGACGGGAAACUCAUCAAGAAUGAUUUUCUCUUCUCCAGUCAUCUAGAAAGGUCGUCACUACUUGAGGUCGUAGAAGGGCAACAUUUUUUUGAAAAUAACAGCAUUCGUGAAUUACAAAUCAAGAAUAAGAAUGCACAGCAAGUUCCCUCAGACAUGAUGUAUGAAUGCCCUCAGCCUGGUUGCAAGCAAGCUUUUGACUCCCUUAAUCAAUGAGAAGUUCAUCUUGACCUUGGUAGCCAUCAGCACGAUACGCAAGAAGAAUCAGAAAGUUUGUAUGACACCAUUAGAAGAGACUGGGCAAGUAAAUUCGGCAACAUUUCAAAUUUGAAAUUGCCAAGCAAGUCAAAACCUGGAAGUGAGAGCCUGAUUCUCGGUGAGUCUACAGAAUUAUUUCAAGGAUGGGCUCUUCAUGCGUCUUCUUUCUCAGGUCGCUUUCCCGAAAAUGUGAGAGACUACCUGAUCGCAAAGUUUAAUGAGGGCGAAAAAACUGGUAAAAAAGCUGAUCCUGUUGGGAUUGAGACUGAAAUGCGGAAAGUGAGGCACACCGAUGGACAAAGAAUUUUUGCAAGAGAGGAAUGGCUAAAAGCUAGCCAAAUUAAAGGAUUUUUCUCGAGACUUGCUGCAUCCAGGAGAAAACAGAUGCUAGACAAUUCUCUCGAAGACAUAAGUGAAGAAGAUGUUAAUGAGGUUGAAAAUGAAAUAGAGGAAGAAGAAUUCUUGUCGUCGGUUCAUAACGCCAUUGGUUUAACGCAUCCAAUCAUGUAUGAUAAUUAUAAUAUUUGCAAGUACUUUGUUGAUCGUAAAUUGAACAAAUUUACUGUUCCUUUAUUAAAGGAAAUGCUGACAGCUUUUGGUGCCACUGACAGGAAACCAAAUCUUCUUCUCAAGAUCGAAGAACUGGUAAAAGAAUGUAGUUGUUUUUCUAUGCAACAACUGUAA